AUGGAGAUUGAAUUGUGUAAAAUAAAGGACGCUUUGAGAGUAGAGGAAUGCAAAUUUCUUCAGCUGUAUGAAAAGCUCAAUACAAAAACGAGGGAAAGACUUGAAUCGAAAGCUAGAGAGGAGAGACUCUCUGAGAGCGUGGACAUUCUUCAUUCUAGGUUGCAGAGAGAAAUUUCCAGGCGAGAGCUUUUGGAGGAAAAAAUCAAAAUGGCUACACAGGAAAGGCCGUUGCUCGGAGUUGUUAGCCAACGAUUAACUCAAGUAACAAAUGCACUGAGGCGAACGCUGGGAAGGAGACGGAAUUCAGUUCGAGACGAAAAUCAUAGCACCUAA